AUGUUUAACCGAGGUACAUUAAAAGGCUAUCCAUAUGUUAUGGGAUUUAUACAGAUCAAUGAGGACUUCAUAUUCAUUGAGCCUCUCAAUAACACAGUGGCCAUAACAGGUCACCCACACCGUGUAUCUAGGCAGAGAAGGUCCAUGGAAGGAAAAGUCACAGAGAAGCCCGCUCCUCACAGACAAUACUGUGGUGUUGUUUCAGAUAAAGGAAGACCUAGGUCCAGAAAAACGGAAAGUAGAAGAGGGAAACGAUAUUCUUACAAAUUACCUCAAGAAUACAACAUAGAGACAGUAGUGGUUGCAGACCCUGCAGUGGUUUCCUAUCAUGGAGCAGAUGCAGCCAGGAGAUUCAUUCUGACCAUCUUAAAUAUGGUAUUUAACCUCUUCCAACAUAAGAGUCUCGGCGUGCAAGUCAGGCUCCGCGUGAUAAAGCUGAUUCUGCUCCACGAAACGCCAUCAGAUCUCUAUAUUGGACACCAUGGAGAGAAAAUGUUAGAAAGUUUUUGUAAAUGGCAACAUGAAGAAUUUGGCAAAAAGAAUGAUAUACAUUUAGAGAUGUCAACAAGCUGGGGCGAAGACAUGGCUUCCGUGGAUGCAGCUAUACUUAUAACGAGGAAAGAUUUCUGUGUGCACAAAGACGAACCGUGUGAUACAGUUGGUUUGCUGAAGGAAAAUGAAGUUGCUUUCACAGACAGUAUCCCCAUGGCCCCCCGUGAUGCAGGAAAACUUCACACAAACAAACAAACAAACAGGAUAAGCCUCCUAACAAUUGACCAAAAUAAAGAACCAGGAAAACUCCCGAGAAAGAAAAGCAUGGGCAUUAAUCAUGACAAUGACCACCCAUCCUGUGCUGAUGGUCUUCAUAUCAUGUCUGGCGAAUGGAUUAAAGGACAAAACCUUGGUGAUGUUUCAUGGUCGCGGUGUAGCAAGGAAGAUUUGGAAAGAUUUCUCAGGUCAAAGGCCAGCAACUGCUUAUUACAGACCAAUCCCCAGAGUGUGAAUUCUGUACUGGUUCCCUCCAAGCUACCAGUGAUGACAUACACAGCGGAUGAGCAAUGUCAGAUUCUCUUUGGACCACUGGCCUCCUUUUGUCAAGACAUGCAGUGGUGUAAGGCUGGAGAAUGUACCAGCAGGACCUCAGCACCUGGACAUCUGGCUGGCGAGUGGAGCAUGUGGAGCCCUUGUAGCCGCACCUGCAGUUCUGGGAUCAGCAGUCGAGAACGCAAAUGCCCUGGGCUAGGUACUGAAGCAAGGGAUUGUAAUGGUCCCCGAAAACAAUACAGAAUAUGUGAGAAUCCACCUUGUCCUGCAGGUUUGCCUGGAUUCAGAGACUGGCAAUGCCAGGCCUUUAGUGUUAGAACUUCGUACCCAAAGCCUGUACAUCAGUGGCAAGCUGUCAUGGAUGAAGAAAAACCAUGUGCCCUGUUCUGCUCCCCUGUUGGAAAAGAACAGCCUAUUCUUCUGGCAGAAAAAGUGAUGGAUGGAACUUCUUGUGGAUAUCAGGGAGCAGAUAUCUGCGCAAAUGGCAGGUGCCAGAAAGUUGGCUGUGAUGGUUUAUUAGGGUCACUUGCAAGGGAAGAUCAUUGUGGUGUGUGCAAUGGAAACGGGAGGUCAUGCAAAAUCAUUAAGGGAGAUUUCAAUCAUACCAGAGGAGCAGGCUACGUAGAAGUGCUCGUGAUACCUGCGGGAGCCAGAAGAAUCAACGUGGUGGAAGAAAAGCCGGCGCACAGCUAUCUAGCUCUCCGAGAUGCUAGCAAGCAGUCUAUUAAUAGUGACUGGAAGAUUGAACACUCUGGAGCAUUCAAUUUAGCGGGAACGACGGUCCAUUACCUGCGACGAGGCCUCUGGGAAAAGAUUUCUGCCAAAGGCCCUACCACAACACCUUUACACGUCCUGGUGCUGCUGUUUCAAGAUCAGAAUUAUGGUCUUCACUAUGAAUACACUAUUCCAUCAGACCCUCUUCCAGAGAACCAGAGCUCUAAAGAGCCUGAGCCUUUAUUCAUGUGGACACACACAGGUUGGGAGGAUUGUGAUGCCACAUGUGGAGGAGGAGAAAGAAAGACAACAGUAUCAUGCACAAAAAUUAUGAACAAAAACAACAGCAUCGUGGACAACAAGAAAUGCAAACACUUAACCAAACCGGAACCACAGAUUCGAAGAUGUAAUGAGCAACCAUGUCAGACAAGAUGGAUGAUGACAGAGUGGACACCGUGUUCUCGAACUUGUGGAAAAGGGAUGCAGAGCAGACAAGUGGCCUGUACUCAACAACUGAGCAAUGGGACUCUGAUCAGAGCCCGGGAAAGGGACUGCACUGGGCCUAAGCCCACCUCUGCCCAGCGCUGCGAGGGCCAGGACUGCAUGACGGUGUGGGAAGCAGGAGUGUGGUCUGAGUGCUCAGUCAAAUGUGGCAAAGGGGUCCGUCAUCGGACUGUGAGGUGUACGAACCCAAGGAAGAAAUGUGUCCUCUCCACCAGACCCAGGGAGACGGAGGACUGCGAAGACUACUCGAAAUGCUAUGUCUGGAGAAUGGGUGACUGGUCUAAGUGCUCCAUUACCUGUGGAAAAGGGAUGCAAUCCCGUGUGAUUCAAUGCAUGCAUAAGAUCACAGGACGACAUGGAAAUGCAUGCUUUUCUUCAGAAAAACCUGCCGCGUACAAACCAUGCCACCUGCAGCCCUGCAAUGAGAAGAUCAAUGUUAAUACAAUUACAUCACCCAGGCUGGCUGCUCUGACAUUCAAGUGUCUGGGAGACCAAUGGCCUGUGUACUGCCGGGUGAUCCGCGAGAAGAACCUAUGUCAAGACAUGCGGUGGUAUCAGCGCUGCUGUGAGACCUGCAGGGACUUCUAUGCCCAAAAGCUGCAGCAGAAGAGUUGACCUUUAGCAGGACAGCUGCAUCACAACUCUUUGCAGUUAUGCUGUUUAUAAGGUCACACACUAGCAUGUUUUUCAGACCAAAUAUAAUCAUAUUACAUUAUAAUUUUAUAAAAUUAAUUUAUUGUUUUCCUGCUAAACAUCAAUAUGGUGCUUAUUUUGGUCACACAGACAUCUUGGGGUAUCCUAUAUGACUUCAUAAAUAAUUCUAUAUUAAUAAGUUGGAUCCACUUACUGGAAUAAAAUGAAGAAAGAAAGUAAAAUCAUGAUCAUUAGAAUUUUUAAAUUACUUUUUUAAAGUUAGGGCCGUCUCUAAGGUGCUAUUCUCUCCCCACAAAUACUAUUGAGUUAACCAGAAUGUAUACUACCUUAGCUUAAUAGUUUAGUAAUAUAUGGAGAGAAAUAUUUUGUGUGUGUGUCCUGAUGUGGACUUAGCUCAUUUUCUGUAAUCUGUGGAAUAUAACUAACCUCAUACUGUUGAACAGGUCUUCAGAGAAUGUAUUAUGCAUUUGGUUCAUAUAAAGAGACAUCAAUAGGAAAAACUCUACUGUAAUUAUAACCUUAUGUUAAUAAUGGAAAAGAAAAGUCAAAAUAGAGACUUUGAUCAUGUUCAUGAACAUGUACUUGAACACAAGUAUUGUAACAAUGAAACACUGUAAAGAUUUACACUGAAUCACCAUUGCACUGUUGAUAUAGUGUAGAGAAACCAUUAAUAGAAAUGGUAACAUCUUACAAAAAUAUGUAUUAUUUUAACAUGUUGUCAUUAGAUUUUAGUUUUAAAAAAAUAUGUUUAAACAACAUUGAUCCACCCAUUUCCUUGUAUCUUUUCACCGGGUUAUUGAAAGAGUGUAGAAUUUAGCUUCACAAAUCACUAUGAGAACAUUUGCUAAAUACUUUUCCACCUUUUCCCUUGGAACAAGGAAAGACAAAAAGAUGUAUAAAACUGUUGUAGUUUCAUUGUUUUUAUUCCUUUUGAAAAUUAAAAAAAAGUUUUGCAGUUCUGUGAAACGUUAAAAAGUCAGCUUAAAAUUUUUCUUGUGAAAAAAUUUAUUGUACAUGAUUCGCAUGAUUUCUUACAUUUUUCAAUAAAAUAUGUGAAACUUCCUGCUGGGAGACAAUCGUUCAGAGGUCUCUACAUUUCUGUAGACACAUACAGAAGACACAUACAGUGUCUUGUGUGCAUAGACACUGCCUGGUUUUGUUUUGGAUUUUCUUUUAAAGGACGUUUCUUAGCACACACUGUGUAAGAUGGAAAUAUUGUCUGUGUCUGGAGCAAAGGGCAUGCUUACUGCUCAUGAUAGCAGUUGAUUCCCUAAAAUUGGAAUUUCUUUCCUGUGACAUAGCCCGUUACAUGUGCCGCUGUCACCUGGCCCGUUUCAUAUUGCCCCGCCUGUGAAAAUUGAGGUUAAGAAAACUGGUACAAGCAAAUAUUGACUCUUUGGCUAUUGGCAUUGUGAGUAAUAAAGUUCUUUGUCUCUCAA